AUGAUGAGAUUAAUUAUGCAGUGUAUAUUUUCUCCGCGCUUAUAUCGUAUUUAUGGCCAGGGCCCAGGAGUGGGUGUAUAUGAGCCACAAGGAGUAGAAAAAUUGGCUAACCAGAUCAUAUCAACUGCACAAACAUUGAUUAAUGUUGGAUUUUACACAUCUCCAUUUAUUUGCAUACCUAUUACUGAUAUGAGGCCAUAUAUAGAAAGCAUUAGGAAAUAUGAUUUUGAUUUUUAUGCUUGGCCAUCUUCUUAUACUAUGGUACAGGUACCAAGUUCAACCUGGCUUGAAAAUAAACCAUUUAGUCAAUGUGCUAAUCCAGAUUUGCCACAUUAUCAAAAAGUCACCGUUCAGUUGCUAGCAUAUGUUGCUAUCCAUACAUUUGCCCUGCGACUCAUCUAUCCAGGCACUCUUAGUAUAAUACAAAACAUGUUGUGGCUCCCUUUGUUAGAAGGAAGAACAAAUCUAGUUGAAACAUAUAAUGGAAAAAGAUCAAAGAUCAUUACUUGUGAUGGCAAUGUCAUAGAUACUAUGUUUGUUGAUAAUAGACUUGAUUCUUCAAAGGGCAGAAUAUUAGUUGUUUGCUGUGAGGGAAAUUCUGGCUUUUAUGAAAUUGGAAUCAUGACUAACCCAAUCAAAACUGGAUACUCUGCUAUAGGCUGGAAUCACCCUGGAUUUGGUGGGAGUACAGGAGUUCCAUUUCCUCGCCAAGAACAAAAUGCUAUAGAUGCUAUUAUGCAAUAUGCUAUUAAUGAACUGGAAUAUGAGGUAGAAGAUAUCAUUUUAUUUGGUUGGAGCAUUGGUGGUUAUACAGCUGCGUGGGCUGCUAUCAAUUAUCCGGACGUUAAAGGAUUGAUUUUGGAUGCUUGUUUUGAUGACUUGUUACCACUGGCUGAAAAUCAGAUGCCCAAAUCGUGGAAAUUACUUGUAAAGGAAGUUGUACGUUCCUAUGUUGAUCUGAAUAUAGGAAAUAUGUUGGUUAAGUAUACUGGACCUAUUCAGUUGGUACGACGUACUGAAGAUGAAGUAAUAUGUAUUAGACCAGGCCAGCUAGCAACAAACCGUGGCAACUUUUUGCUUAUCAAAUUGUUGGAACUGCGACACCCCGAUCUCUUUGAAAUGGACACAGAGAAGCCUGUUAUGGAGACCCUGGAGGCUUGUGUUGCUCUGUCUGAUCAACAGCGGAUUGUUUUAUCAAGAAGUGAGCUGCCUGCAAUUAAACGUGAAAUUUUACCCUUGAUUUCCAGAUACAUGCGUGACUUCCGGUCAACACACUGCAUGCCAUUACCAGAUGACCACUUCAUUGCAAUAAUGAACACUAUACUGAUUAAC